AUGAUACAAAGACAAAUUAUUCUAUUGCUCUUACUAUUCAGCUCGCUAAUACACUGCACUUCCAUCGGGGUGGUCUUACCACCACUAAAGCCUAAAGACCUUGGUAAAGGAGUCACCCAUUGUUUCCGAUACCCAGUUAAUCCAAAUGAUCUAGUAGUGAUACGAUUGAAUGUCGGUCCUAGAAUAAAUGGUCAAUCGCUAAAUAUCAAGGUACUUGAUUCCCAUGAUAAUCUAUACCGUUCCAAAGAGGAUUUGACAAAUAAGGUCCGAUUUGCAUUCAGUUCAUCAGAAGAGGUCAAGUACUUUGACGUUUGUUUGGAAAAUAUUAUGACCGAUUUAUCGUGGUCGAAAACAGGGGAAGAAAAACUGGUGGUGUUAGAUGUCGAAGUGGGUGACGACGCAAGGAAUGAAAACUCUUUCCGUCAGCAAGAAAUGUACCAUCCAAUCAACACAGAUUUACAAAGAGUUAAAACAUCGUACGAGGAGAUGGAGCGAGAGUUAGCAGGGCUAGUGGAGAAAGAAAUAAGGUUGAGAAAUAUCAAUGAAAAGGCCAAUACAAACUACAUGAUUUAUGAAGUAGUGGUGAUUGUUAUAUUGAUUACCGUUGGCAUUUGCCAGUUGUGUUAUUUCAAAAUGUAUUUGAGGACUAAAAAGUUGAUUUAG